AUGAAGAGUUGCAGUGUCAGUAACCUAGGAUGGUGGGAGGAUAAUGUAUGGAAGUGGGGUUUGAUUGAUAACAUACCGGUACAUGAUCAGUUGGUAGGUGUGGAGUUGGAGGAACUAUGUAGGAUUCUGGAGGAUGUGGUACCUACGUAUGCCGGAAUGGAUAAGAUCGUGUGGAUAGGUGGAGAAAUGAAUGCAUUCACCGUGAGAGAGUAUUAUAAGAAGCUUCUCCUGGAGGGUAGGGCGAAGGGGUUGCAGCCAGUGGUAAGAGACGCGAUUAAGGUGUUAUGGAAAGGUUGGAUGCCUUCCAAAGUCAAAAUCUUUGGCUGGAGAUUGUUGAUGGAUAGAUUGGCAACGAGGGAGCAACUUAUGAAAAGAAACAUCAUUACAAAUACAGACUUGAGCUUAUGUGUGUUUGGUUGUGAUUCUGCUGAAAAUUCUCUCCACCUAUUUUUGAACUGUGCUUUCCUAGCAGGGGUUUGGAAGAAGAUCAUGGAGUGGUUAGGGAUAGAUGCACCACUAAGGACAGAUUGUUGUGAUCAUUUCUUGCAGGUUAUGAAUGCAUUAAGGAACUAUUGUUCACCAAGGAGAGUUGCGGGCAUAUGGAUGGCAACUUGCUGGUGCAUAUGGAAACAACGAAACGACAUUAUAUUUAACAAUGUUGUAGGUGAUGUAGAUGAAAUUGUUCAUAAUGUGAAAAUGUUCACUUGGUGGUGGUUAGCAUUAGGUUCAAAACAGAGAGUGCUUUGUAAUUUCUAUGAGUGGUUCCACAAUCCGUUAGUUUGUGUUUAA